AGGGAGGGGCGGGGGCGAGCGCUCGCCGCCGCGGUUGGGGGCUCCCGUGAAGGUGUCAUGGCUGCUGCUGCGGAGCCGAGUUCCUCUAGCGGCAGCGAGAGGACUCCGGAGCGAAGCUCCAGCCCCCUCCUCACCCGCGAGGUGCUCUGCGAACUCUUUCGUUCCCUGCACACCCUGACGGGACAGCUUAACCUCAGAGAUGAUGUGGUGAAAAUUACAAUCGAUUGGAACAGGCUGCAGAGCCUCUCAGCGUCCCAGCCUGCAUUGGUUCUUACUGCACUUGAGCAGCACGUUCUGUAUUUACAGCCUUUUUUAGCAAAACUUCAGUCUUUAAUUAAAGAGAAUUCAACUGCUGUUGAAGAGCUCAGACAGACAGAAACGGAGACCAAGAGUGAACUAAAUGCUAAACAUCCCACUGGGGACCUACAGGAUGAAGGAAAGCUCAGAGAUUGUGAUUUGGAUGUGAAAAAGACACAAAUCCAUUUUGAUCCAGAAGUAGUUCAGAUAAAGGCUGGGAAAGCAGAAAUUGACAGGAGAAUAUCUGCAUUUAUUGAAAGAAAACAAGCUGAAAUCAAUGAAAACAACGUCAGGGAAUUUUGCAAUGUUAUUGAUUGUAAUCAAGAAAAUAGUUGUGCAAGAACUGAUGCCGUCUUUACUCCUUAUCCUGGAUUUAAAAGUCACGUGAAGGUUUCUAGAGUUGUGAAUACAUAUGGACCACAGACCAGACCAGAAGGAAUUCAGGGGUCAGGUCACAAGCUUCCAGGCACGCUUCGAGACUGUGGUAAUCAGGCUGUGGAAGAGCGGCUCCAGAACAUUGAGGCUCACCUGCGGCUGCAGACGGGUGGUCCAGUACCAAGAGACAUUUAUCAGAGAAUUAAGAAGCUUGAAGAUAAAAUCCUUGAGCUGGAGGGCAUCUCUCCUGAAUACUUUCAAUCUGUAAACUUCUCUGGAAAAAGAAGAAAAGUCCAACCCCCUCAACAGAACUAUUCACUGGCUGAGCUGGACGAGAAAAUUAGUGCCCUCAAACGAUCCCUGCUCAGAAAAUCAAGAGAAGCAGAGUCCAUGGCAGCUCACCACCUUCCGUGAAAACUGCCUCAUCACGCCUUCCUUCAGGAUACAUGUGCGUGCAGCUUACAUGUCUUUAAUGAUUUGCACUGUGUUUAUGAAUAUAAACUUCUCUGUGAGGUCAAGGUUUAUUUUAACAUGAGUCUGGCUUGCAGCAAAUAAUCAGGUGUUCCAGUGUUUGGAGAUGAUGUGAACCUUGAAGAUCGCGCUGUUCGAAUCUAUUUCCUUCUGUUUUAAAGGAGGCAUCUUGGAUAUUGAAAAACUUAAUUUGGAAGAACUUUUGGUGGUCCACCAGAGAUUAUUAUUUUGAUAGUUGUAUUUAAAAGGACUUUAUAUUUGUAACAUUGAAUAACCAAUUUCUUAGUUUGUAUUUAUAAUAUUGGAUGGUUAUUUUCUUAGUUUAUAUUAGUAUUUUGUACAUAGUGGGCGAUUAUCAAAAAUUUACUGACAAAAACCCUGACAAAUGCAUGUAUAUAAUUUUUAUAUGUCUUUUGUAUUAUAAAUAAAGAAUCGAUCAGCUUUAUCACUAUU